UCUUGCUAUGCUUGGCAACUAGCCAGAUGGUCAGUUUAUGCUGUUAAGCACAAAAGUAUAUUUAUUUAAAAGUGAGUUGAUUUCAUGCCUGACUGCAUGAACAGACAAGGUUCUUUACAAUUCUUAACAAAAAAAAAAAAAAGCCCAUGAAAGGCAAUUAAGUUAAUGCUCCACCUGCCAAUUUAACAUUUCUAAACCCAGUGCCUUUUCUUAAUAUAUCAUGUAAAAUUACACCGAGACUACAGAAAUGAGAUGAUCUCCCAGAACUUGUGAUGUAAUGCCUUUUACGGAGAAUGUUUUUUUCAAUCAGCAGAUGGCAACACAUGCACAACUUGUAAAAGCUGAGGUGCAGAGAGAAGUUUAUUACAUUGCAAAGGGAACUAAAUAACUUACCAGAGUAAGCAAACAUGAAAGCGAAGACCAUCUUAAUUGUUUUGAUUGUAACAGGCCUAACUGCUUACUACAUAUACACUCCUGUUCCAGAUCCAGUACAACAAAAAUGGAAAGUAAUGUUGGUAAAUGCAUUUUAUAGAAGUGUGCAAAAUGUGGCAGAAUCUGCUGAAAUGUUUCAUCUAAAACAUUACAUGCAUGUUAUGCAAUGGGUCACAGAUGCACAGUAUGUGCCAGCAAUAACAGACGAGAACAUUACAGUAACAGAUACAAUAUUUAGUGGUGUACCUGUGCGUGUGUAUGUGCUGAAAAGAAAAACAAAGGAAUUAAGGAGAGCUAUUAUCUAUAUUCAUGGAGGUGGAUUUUCUACAGCAAGUGCUGGGAUGAAGGGUUAUGACAUUUUGUCAAGAACUACUGCGACUGCACUUGACGCUGUUAUUGUCUCAAUCAAUUACAGAUUGGCACCGGAGCAUCGUUUUCCAGCUCAGUUUGAAGAUGCAUACGCAGUAGCAAAAUACUUCCUCCAAGACCAAAUUCUGCAUCAAUAUUCUGUUGAUCCAAAUCGAAUUGGUGUCUCAGGAGACAGUGCAGGAGGAAAUUUAGCUACAGCAGUAGCACAGGAGAUUCAAGCUGAUAAAGAAGUCACAAUACACCUGAAAGUUCAAGUUUUAAUCUAUCCUGCACUCCAGGCACUGGAUUUUAACACUCCUUCAUAUCAGCAAAACCGGAGGCAGAUAAUGCUAACAAAGGAUUUAGCAGUCAGGUACUGGAGUGAAUACUUUGCAACAGAUAAAGAUCUUGUUCGUGCUAUGUCCUCCAAUUUGCAUGUGCCUUCAUCAUUUCAUGAAAUGUUUACAUUCUUAAACUGGAGUAUCCUUUUGCCUGAAAUUUUCAAGAAAAAUUAUAUCUAUGCACAGCCAAAAUCAGGAAAUCCUGCAUUUAUAAAGAAAUAUCCUGGAUUGUUGGAUUCAAGAGCAGCUCCACUGCUUGCUAAUGAUGAAAAAUUAAGAGGUCUGCCAAAAGCAUAUAUAAUCACAUGUGAGUAUGAUGUUGUGCAAAAUGAUGGCAUUAUGUAUGCCACAAGGUUAAAAGCUGCAGGAGUUCAGGUGACACACGUCAAUUACGAAGAUGGCUUCCAUGGUCUUAUUACUUUUAACUCGUGGCCUAUUGAGUUCAGUAUUUAUUUCAAAGUGUUUGCAGAUUAUAUUAACUGGCUUGACACUAAUCUCUAGACUAAAUCAAUACUAUGUCUGCAUUUCAA